AUGGAACGUCAACAGAGCCGCUUAUUUAUACCAUACAAAGCACUCGGUGAAGUUUGUUCAUCGGUUCCACCUGCUUUUCGGGUACUUCCAAGGAAACGGAACGAAAGUUACGUCAUUUGUGCUGUCGAAAAUGUUGUGAUACAGUACUUGUGCGAAAAUUUGCGUAUAAUAUCCGUGAGUAAUGUCCUGCCGGCUCGAAUCAACGUAAUUGCUGCCGACUCUCAUUAUAUUUAUGCCGCCAUUGGUACAAGAAUAGCGAUUUUGUAUUUAGCCAGGCAAGUUAAGCGAUGGUUAGAGACAUCUGAUAAUGUACGUUGGCUUCUUCCGUUUGGUGACAUUCUUGUAGUUGUGGACGUGAAAAACUCGAUCCAUGUAAUGGAUGUUGAUACUGGUGACGAAUUGGUGCUGAUUGAAACAUCCGGACAGUUCGAUUGUUCAGCAAUUGCCCAUCCAGCUACUUAUCUUAACAAAGUGUUGUUGGGAUCUAGGCAGGGAACGUUACGUAUUGUUAACAUAAGAACUGGAAAAUUGAUUCAUGAAUUUGGGAAAUUGUUCAAGUCGGAAAUAACAGUUCUGGAACAGUCACCAGCCAUAGAUAUCGUUGCUGUUGGAUUAAGAAAUGGUCAGAUUGUACUGCAUAAUAUUAAAUUUGACGAAGCAUUACAAAUGUAUAUGCAGGAUGCACCAGUAACAUCAAUUGCAUUUAGAACCGAUGGCGAAGAGACAAUGACUACAGCAUCAGAGAACGGAACACUGGCAAUCUGGGAUUUGAAUAAACGUUCGCUGUUAGGACAAUUACCUGACGCACAUUGUGGUUCCAUUACGGGUAUAUAUUAUGUUAGUGGGGAGCCGUUGAUGAUUUCAGCAGGAGUUGAUAACACGUUAAAAACUUGGAUUAAUGACAUGGGUGAUGGCAUGCCUAGGCAGUUGGUUUUGCUCGAUGGGCAUCACAAACCAGUUACCGCGAUAAAAUUUGUCGACAAUGAAAUUAUCCUUUCAUCUAGUUUGGAUGGUUCUGUAAGGGCGUUAUCAGUAUUACGUGAUACAUAUAGACAAAAAUUGGGAAAUGCUGGUAUUAUGUCCAGAAUGAAAGCUAAAAAGAAAAGACGUGACAUCGAGAGCAUCAAAUUGAAACCAGUAAUUGAAAUGGAUGUGGGAUUAGCAAGGGAAGCAGCUUGGGACAAUGUUAUGUGUCGUCAUAUUGAUACAACUCAAGUGACAACAUGGACCACAAGAAAACAAGCUCUAGGAACAUAUUGCUUGCUUCAUAAAAGAUUCUUGACUAAACCACAUCUCAUAUCUGCGUCUGCAUCAGCAAUAUGCAUCUCAUCGUGUGGUAAUUUCGGUUUAAUUGGAUAUACAACUGGCCACAUUGACUGUUUCAAUUUACAAAGUGGACACCAUAGGAAAACGUUCAUUUGCAGUAAAAGUGAUGAAAAAGCUCAUCAGUCUAUCGUUCGAGGAUUGGCGCUCGACACACUCAACAGGCAGCUUGUCUCAGCUGAGCAUGAUGGACUAAUUCGAUUUUGGAGUUUCCGGAGCACGAAGUUGGUAGCAGAAAUGCAGGUUCCAUCACCAAUAAUGCGGUUUAGUAUGAGUGGCAAUAAUUCGUUGCUAGCUCUUGGUGUAGGAAGUGGUUCAAUUGGGGUUGUGGACACCCUGUGCCGAAAAGUUGUUAGGGUCGUGGAUGGAGCCCACCGGUCAUCCCUUACUGCCUUGGGAUUUUCACCUGAUGGUAAAUGGCUUAUCAGUGCUGAUGACGAGGGUUUCAUUAAAGUUUGGGAUCUUAUUACUAAUAGCCUUAUUGAUGUUAUGAAAUGUGACUUAUAUUGUAUAUCAUUUUGCUUCUCACCAAGUGGAGAAUAUUUGGCUACAUGUCACUAUGAUCAAAGGAGUGUAUAUAUCUGGGCUAAUAAAGCAUGGUUCACUUCUGUGAAUGCUUUGAAAGCAUUGCCAUUAGAUUAUAUUCCCAAGGAUUCCUUAGUUUUACCUUUGCGAAGGAAUUUAGAGGAUAAAGUGCAGUGUUCAGUAGAAGGGAUUGAACUGCUUACAGAAAGUGCUUGUGAAAACAUACAGAAAGUGAAGCAGGUUGAAAGUCUAAUAACUUUGUCGGGUUUGGCACCUUCACGUUGGGUGAAUCUGCCAUAUCUGGAUGUAAUUCGAGAGCGAAAUAAGCCAAUCGAACCAGUGCGAAAACCAAAAACUGCACCAUUUUUCUUACCGUCUGUAUCAACACUUGAUGGUUUCGAGUUUGAAAAGAUAGAUGUUGGUGCUGAUGUUAUAGAACGGCGCAAUGUAUUAAUGGCCAGACGAAGUGUCCUGGAGAUCGAAUCUUCUUUUGCUGAAACUCUGUUACGGGCUUCAGACGAUGCUCAUUUCAUCACUGCAUUUGAAUCUUUGAAGUGGAUGAGUAUCUCUUCGAUAGACUUUCAAAUUCGUAUACUGCCAGAAAGAGCUCUAAACAGUUUUUUGAAAAUGCUUCUCACAGUUCUGAGGAACCAUCGCGAUUUUGAACUUGUCCAAACCUACUUGGCCGCUUUCUUGAAAAUCAAUCGGAGCAAGCUCUGGAUUAGCUGUAUUAAAGAUGAUGAUUUGGAUAAAACAUUAAGCAAAUUAAGUGAUGAGCUGAGGAUGAGUUGGGAAGAAAUUGAUCGAUUGAUGCUUCUUAAUGCUUCUUUAUUGCAGUGGAUAAAAACAGCUCUGUUGUAG